AUGAAGUUUUUGGGACCCUUGGGGAUAGUGUUAUUGCUUGGACAGAGUUUGGUUAAGGCCGAUGUAAGUGCAGAGUACGAUGCUGAAGGAGCCAUUUCACAGCACAGCAACUAUUCAGCACAGAGCUCCACCCGGCGCAGCAACACCUAUUCAAAUGCAAAGAAUGACCAGAGCACACAAACGGGCACACUAAGCCAGGCGCAAAUGAACCUAGUUCGAAACUGGCCCAACGUUAAGAAGGGUGAUGAGUAUGCCAAGCAAUUAGGACUGCAAGUGGGCAUCCGUGUUACCGUAUACACCCCAAUCGAUGAAGCACUUAACUUUGAGGACUACGGGCCCAAUGCUCGUAUGGAGGCUCUUUCGCAACUAGUUUCUCUCCUGGGCAAUGCAAACGCAGACUCACCGCAAAACAUAUACACCGAGCUCCCACCUGAAUAUGUUCGUUUGUACGGAGCCCAGCAGCCAAAGAACAGCAAGCAAACAACUAUUAUCACCACAACCACUAACAGCAACCAGCUUCAUGGUGGCAGUCGAUCCCGUAGUGACAGCCGAGCAAGAUCGGAGAACGUUGAUUCCCAGCAAGACGAGUCUGAAGCUAGCGCAUAG